AACGAGCUGGCGAACCGGCCGACAAGCGAGUCCGGCUCGCUGCUGUUCGGCCACAGACAGGCCAGCUGUGAAGAGGUGGCCAUCUCGGCUCGGCUCGGCUCGGCUUCGAGGCCCUUCGACGGCGCGCUUUGGCGGCUAGUCCUCGUGGCCGCGGCUGGCGGCCGAGGCAGAGGACGGUGUCAGUUGUUCGAGGCAGCGAAGCAGAAAUGGGCUCGAGCCGGACAUCACCACGGACGAGCGGGCUUAGUGGGAAACUAA